UUCAGCCCCGGCCACGUGCGGCGCGUCCGUGGGGUUCGGGGCCGCUUCCUGCGGGCAGCCCCACGCGCGGGGCAGCAGCGCCUGAACGCGGACACGCGCACGGGCGGCCGAGCACCGACACACGCGGUUGCGCCCACGCGCAUUGCCACUCACGCACCCCGGUCGUCGUCCCCCCCCCCCCCCCAAGCCCGUGCAGCUGCAGCCUUCAGUCGCCCUUUGUCUGCCGCUACCGGUGGCUCCGCGCCCGCCCAGUGCCAGGACCCGCCCGGUACCGUCCCCGCCUCCCCCCGGCUGCCGGAGGGUCCGCGGAGCGGCGCGGUCCCGGUGCGAUGUUCUCCCGGUCCCAACGCGGCCGCGCGACCGUGGCGCGGGGUUCGGCGCUGCAGACGGAGCUGCUCCGCGCCCCGCAGCCCUUUCGGGGGGGAGGGGGGGGGUCCCCGCUCCCGGUAUCGGUGGGAUCGAUGGAGGUGGCGGAUAAAUUACGCAUUUUGGAGGACCUCAACAUGCUUUACAUCCGGCAGAUCGCUCUCAGUUUGGAGGACACGGAGAUCCAGAAGAAGAUCGACCACGAGAUCCGCAUGCGGGAGGGCGCCUGCAAGCUGCUGGCCGCCUGCACACAGCGGGCGCAGGCGCUGGAGGCCACCAAGAGCCUGCAGGUCUGCAACAGCCGCAUCCUGGCCUACAUGGCCGAGCUGCAGCGCAUGAAGGAGGCGCAGGUGAUGCAGCGCGCGGCCAGGCGCCCCUCGGAUGCCGGACCCGCGGAUGAGAGGCUGCCGUGCCGGGGGAGGGUCUGCGUGUCGGACCUGCGCAUCCCGCUGAUGUGGAAGGACACGGAGUACUUCAGGAACAAAGGGGAGCUGCACCGCUGCGCCGUCUUCUGCCUCCUGCAGCUGGGCGCCGAGAUCCACGACACCGAGAUGGUGCUGGUGGACCGCACGCUCACCGACAUCUGCUUCGAGAGCGCCGUGCUCUUCUCGGAGGCCGGCCCGGAUUUCCUGCUGAAGGUGGAGCUGUACAGCGCGGGGCUGGGGGACGACGUGGGGGGCAGCGCGCCCAGGAAGCUGGCCAGCAAACUCAGCAGCUCCCUGGGCCGCUCCGCCGGGCGCCGCCUGCGGGCCACCAUGGAUGGGGGGCCUGGGAGCCCCACGGCAAACGGGGGGGGGGCUCUGCUGCUGCCGGCCCCCAGCGUGCCGGGUCCCAAAUAUCACCUGCUGGCGCACACCGUGCUGUCCCUGGCCGAGGUGCAGGACGGAUUCCGCACGCACGACCUCGCCAUCGCCUGCAGCGAGGAGAGCUCCUUCUGGCUGCCGCUGUACGGCAGUAUGUGCUGCCGCCUGGCUGCACAGCCCCGCUGCAUGGCGGCGCAGGUGAUGUGCGGCUUCCUGAAGGUGCAGCAGGCGCCGGGGGAUCCGCAGGGCUGGGCGCGGCUGUUCUGCGUGCUGCGCGGCACCAACCUGCUGUGCUACCGGCGGGCGCAGGAGGCGGAGGGCGGCGUGCAGCCCGCGCUCACCAUCGCCAUCAACAAGGAGACGCGGAUCCGCGCCACGGAGCAGGAGGCGCGGGGCAAACUGCACAGCAUGACGGUGACCAACCGCUACGGGGCGGAGGAGGUGACGCACACGCUGCUGGCCGAGAGCCGCGCCGAGACGCAGCGCUGGAUGGAGGCGUUCUGGCAGCACUUCUACGACAUGAGUCAGUGGAAGCAGUGCUGCGACGAGCUGAUGCGCAUCGACGCGCCGCCGCCGCGCCGCCCGCCCGCCCCGCUGCCGCGCCAGGGAUCGCUGUACCACGAGAUGGCUAUUGACCCUUCCGACGACAUCGAGGCCGUGACGGACAUCCUGACGCGGCGCGCUGCGGCGCUGGCGGGGGGGGCGCGGGGCUGCCCCCCGUGGCUCUCCCUCUUCGAGGGUCCCCCCCCGCACGCCGCCCCCCCCGCCGGCUGCAGCCCCCGGCCCCGCGCCCGUCCCCGCACGCUGUCGCUGGACGCCAAGCUCAGCACCCUGAAGGGCCGGGGGGGAACCCGGCGCGCCCCCUCCCCGCGCCCCCCGCCCGGCUCCGGCUCCUCCAGCCCCGGCAGCUCCGGUUCCGACACCGAACGCGCCGCACCCCCGGGCCGCCUUCAGUCCCAGGUGUGA